CCACGUCUUCACACAGCAUCACUCUCUCUGACCUGCAAGGUGGUACUCAGUACUCUGUCACUGUCUGCACUGUGCUGGGAAAUGGAAAGAAAAGUCAACUGGUGUCAACAACUUUGACUACAAGACCUUUUCUCAGGGAGCUGUUGUCAAAGACUGGACUAGAAGAUCAUUAUGAAAACAAGCUGACGUUAAGUACUGUCCUUGAGAUAAAUGCUGAUACUACAUCAGAUGAACCUCUUACCACUAUGCAGUCACUUCCAGGGGCCUUCCUGAAGAAAUUAAUGAUGGCAAAUGUGAAUGCUAGAAGUGUGAAAUGUCUGACCACUGACCAGGAGGUUUCCUAUUGUGGUGUAGACAACCUGACCACUGACACUGAUAACAGCAAUGUAAUUAAUCCACUGGACCUGGUAACUGCUCUGUUUCUGUGCUCAGAUGGUUUCCUGCAGCAGGAGAUGGUCCAGAAAAUGUCCAUGUGUCAGUUUGCUGUUCCUCUGCUGCUGCCCAACUGUGACACAAAACAAAUCACUUUGAUGCUGUGGGCCUUGAGGGACAUAGUGAGGAAAUUUAGACUCUCUUCCCAAAUGGCCACAAAUGCUUUUGUUGAGGAGAGAGUAGUUCUCUCUGAUAUUCAUAUGGUGUCAUUUGUUAGGUUAGGAGAGAGCAGCUUGUCCAAGUCUCAGAUCUUGAACAAGUUGCUUAGUAACCCUCAACAGUACCAUGAUACAUUUGUUCAUCAUGAUAUGGAAUGUGGUGAUGUCCCUCGUCAAAUCUCAGAUGGACUGGUUGAAAUCAGCUGGUACUUUCCAUCUGGGAACAGAAACAUAGACAGGUUCAUUAAGCCUGUGGCGGUGGCCAAUCUCAGAGGAGACAUCAGGUCCUUUGAAACACAGUUCUCCUUUCUGUGUCAAACAUCAGCUGCAGUUUACAUUUUCACUGAUGAUUUAAAGGCAGAUCUCAAGGGUUUGGAUGGAAAAAUCACAAAAACAGAGUUAUUUCUGGUUGUCAACUCUCAGAAAGAAACAUUCAGGGUGGACACAUUGAAGAAAAUGAUCACAAACUAUAGUAUCAACCCAACAAAUGUGAUUGUGAAGAAGCAGAAUGAUGUAGAAUUUGUCAAAACCCUGCAGUCAUCUGUAGGUGACAUCAUCAAACAAAGUAAAAACAGAUUGACAAUUGAAAACAUGGCUACCGUAGCUCGUCAGAGUAAGAUUCUGGUUGAUGAAGACAGUGAUGAGUGUCAGAGUGCCAGGAAGAUGGCAGAUAAAAUCACCAGUAACAUCAAAGACACAAUUACAUUCAAAGACCAACAGCUACCCUUACAAGGAACAAUCUGGAAAGAGAUUUCCCAGUUGGAGAAAGAGAGAUGUAGACUGAGAAAAGCAGGGGAUCAAGACAUUGAACACUACAUUAGCUCUCUGAAGAAAAAGAAGGAAGAGCUGAGAAAGAAACAAUAUACAUUUGACAUGUCAGAUGCAAUGGCAAGCUUCAUUUUAGGAUUGUCUAGUUCAGGACCUGAGCGUUCCUAUUUCCUCAAAUGGAUGCGGAUAAAUCUGAGGUUCUGCCGCGACAGAUUGUCAUCUGCUUUGCGGGACCGGUACAAAGAUCUUUGCCAAAAUUCUCCUGAGAAAAUAGAUGAAAUUAAAGAUUUGGAUAAGCAAUUAUCUGACUGUUCCUUAGGCCUUGAACACUUCCUGCGUGAGUUGGGCCAGUUAUAUGAAGCUUCCUGCUCCCUCCCUGAAGACAGUCCUCAAAGGAAACAGAUGGAUUAUCUCUCUGGAUUGUGUGCUCAGAUGCUGUUGGAUGGUUUCCCCAUUGAGCUUCUGGAUGGAGAUGCAUCAAAUAUCCCUCUGAAAUGGAUAUCAGCUGUUCUGACUCAGCUUCAUACUCUUGUGGACUCUAACAGCAAGAUCCGGGUUGUGACAGUUUUAGGGGUCCAAAGCACUGGAAAGUCCACUCUCCUCAACACCAUGUUUGGGGUCCAGUUUGCUGUCAGCAGUGGAAGAUGCACCAGAGGGGCCUUCAUGCUACUGAUUAAAGUCAACAAAGAACUCAAGGAGGAGUUGAAAUGUGACUUCAUCAUGGUGAUUGACACAGAGGGGUUGAAAUCACCAGAGUUGUCUCAACUAGAUGACAGCUAUGAACAUGACAAUGAACUGGCCACACUGGUGAUAGGACUCAGUGAUGUCACUAUCAUCAACAUCGCCAUGGAGAACUCCACAGAGAUGAAAGACAUUCUGCAGAUUGUUGUUCAUGCUUUUAUCAGGAUGAAGGAAGUGGGGAAGAAACCAGUAUGUCAUUUUGUGCACCAGAAUGUGUCAGACAUGUCUGCUCAUGACAAUAACCUGAGGGACAGGAAGAAGUUGUUGGAACAGUUGAAUGAGACGACCCAGGCAGCAGCCAGAAUGGAGAAGAAGGAGAAUAUCACCAAGUUCACUGAUGUGAUGGAGUAUGAUCCAGACACAAGCAGCUGGUAUAUCCCAGGACUCUGGCAUGGGACUCCCCCUAUGGCUCCAGUCAAUGCUGGUUACAGUGAGGCUGUAUAUGACUUCAAAAAGAGCUUGAUGAAAGAUUUCAGAAAAUGCCAGAGUAAUUAUGACAUGAUACAUUUCCUGAAGUGGACACAAAGCUUGUGGGAUUCUGUCAAAUUUGGGAAAUUCAUCUUCAGUUUCAGAAACAGCUUGGUUGCAGAUGCGUACUCCAGAUAAUGCUCUGAAUACAAUGGUUGGGAAUGGGCCUUCCAGAAAGAGAUGUAUACAUGGAUGAUUGGUGCUGAAACAAAAAUAUCCAAUAUUGUCAUGACAGAUCAACAUCCCCAGAGGUCCAUAAGAGAUGUGCUACAAGACUUCAUGAUAGAAGCAUCUGAGAAACUGUCAUUGGGAGAAAAUGAAAUCAAAUACAAUCUGGUGAAAUACUUUUAUAAGCAAGAUGGCCAUGUCAAUCUGGUGGAAAAAUACAAGGAGGAUUUUGUGUCCAGUGCCAAAACACUGAGACGAGAGACAGAAAACACUGUGAGUAACAGACUAAUGGAAGCUGUUGAAAUCAAAGAGGGAAUGACAGCACUGGACAACAUCAAGAGCUCUCAGACAAGUACAAUGGAGAGAAAGGUAGUAGAUCUGCUUCAGAAAUGUAGACAGAACAGAUUUAUUCUAUCAGAUGAGGAACUUAGUAAAGAGUUUGAAAUCAUGUGGAAGAAAACUCUGUCUGAUAUGCACUUUAGAGGACUCCCAAGAAGAGAUGUGGCUCAGGAUGCCUUCCUCAUGUUAAGGGGAAAUCUAUCAACAAGGGGUGGGUACGUCAAUAGUAUGAUGGUUGGAACCAACCUGGUGGAUUGUGGUAAAAAAGUAUUUAUGGAAUCUUGGGGUAUAAGGAUGACAUUUGGAUUUGGCAUUGUAAAGUACAGGGACAUCAACCAUUACAGGAAAAAACUACAAGAGUUGUGUGAUGACGUCAUAACACAGUGUCAUUUGUUUAUAACACAGAAGGUGGAAAACACAACAGAUUACCAUCAUACUUACAUCAAAGAGCUGCUGAACAAGAUUGAUGAAACAUUGCAACCACAGAAGAAUGUAAAAAUCAGUGAGGAAUGUGAGGUUUCUCUGAAGCUACACAUCUGUGGCAGAGCAGCCAUAGAGUUCCAGAAGAUGCAUGAUGAUUUCAUUGAAGUUAAUGACCCAAGGAGGUGUCUGGAGAAGUCUAAAAACAAGUACCUUACUGAGUUCAGAGACUUGUUUUAUAACUGAGACCACAAAGCUCUUACAGCCAGCUGUACAGGACUAUGUGACCAAAAUGAUUGGUCCUGAAGUAGUUGAUGAAGUGAAGACAGGUAAAGGGUCAGAGGAUUACAGCACGAGGGGCUUUCCUGUUCGCCAUUUUAAAACCGCUCCUGACAGAUGGAGAAUAUGAGAAAUGUAAAGGGUACAUGAUCUCCCAGAGGACUGGAAGGCAUUAACCCCUGAUGAUGCAAUGAAGAGCUUGAAAGAGCAUUUCAACAUGAAAUAAAGUGUAGUACUACUGUAUAUAAUGACUAAUGUUGACCAACAUGUUAACAUACAACUGAACAUUCAUAGACUUGACAACCAAAAUAACUCUGGUUUCAUCACAGAAUCAAAUUGUAAGGAGCCAAUCGCCCAGAGUUGUUGAAAUAAUGUGCAGAUCUGGAAAUACACAACUGGAUCACAGAAAGUCAUAUUUACAAAUACAUUAAUACACUAUAUGACCUCUUAGCAAUUUACAGAUCUGAUGUUCCAUAAUGAAAUAGCUAACAGGUUGAGUUGUAUGUGAAAGGAACACAAUAUUCUAAUCUAAGUACAUUUAUACAACUCAUGAUGUAGUAAGAAAAUCAUUUUAAGUAAAUGUAGUAAUCAAACAAAUGGAAGAAAAGUAAACGUGAACGCCAAUGGGUUAACCAACAGAUUGAGCUUUUUGACCUUAUUAACACAAUACACAGGUAACUAAUGAACUAGUCUAGAUAAACACAAUACACAGGUAACUAAUGAACUAGUCUAGAUAAACACAAUACACAGGUAACUAAGGAGCUAGUAUAGAUAAACACAAUACACAGGUAACUAAUGAGCUGGUCUCGAUAAACACAAUACACAGGUAACUAAGGAGCUAGUCUCGAUAAACACAAUACACAGGUAACUAAGGAGCUAGUCUAGAUAAACACAAUACACAGGUAACUAAGGAGCUAGUCUAGAUAAACACAAUACACAGGUAACUAAGGAGCUAGUCU